CCCCAAAUCCGGCAGAGGAGCAGGAAAAGAACACGGUCGCCAUGAUUCCUCACAGCCUGCUUCAGAAAACACUGCGAUUAUUUAAUAUUCAGCUUCGAGAUACAGCAGCUACUACCUGGAUUUUAUAUAUAAAAAAAUACACUAUAUAGAUAAAUAAGUACUUUUAAAGACUAAAUCUAUCAGUAAUUUAUAGGCGGAUUGAGACGCGGCAGUGAUUCACGGGAUUUUUCUGACCAAUCGGAGCGCGGGUGACGUUGCUCACAGAUUCUUUGUUCUGGAAGCUUCCUUGAGGAUGUCGACACAUUAAUUUGUACAGAGAUAUGGAUUUAUUUCUUAAUUCCGAUCGUAUUUUUCGUUUUUUUCUACGGACAAAAUAAGAGUAUGCUGACUACAGACUUCUAAACUCUGUUAAAUCCGGGUUUACACUAAAACUAAAAAUAUCACAUGACUUUUCCUCCCCCUGCCCGGGUCCCAGUGCAUGGGGAAGAAGUCGGACAUGUUUGAAGGAAAUGCGUUGAUUAAAGAAACGUGGUCGAAGACGAGAAGAAAAGGGAAAAUAUUUCAAGCAUGAGGAUUUUAACGCAAGAUUAACCUUUUUUGUUUUGUUUUGUUCUGUUCAACCUCAAUAGAGGUAUAGAAGGUCGAGCUUGUCUUCAGGUUGCUUUAAUAUGAUAAUUUGACUUUAUUUAAUAUAUGAAAUGCAGCAAUGACGAGAUAUUAUUUGUAGGAUGACUCAAUUUUAUAGUUUAACGAAGAGUUAACUUACUAGUAAAAUGCAGUCAUUUUACUGAUUUUAUUACACAGCUCUUUAACCUUGGUAGUGGGGGAUGGGUCACAAUAGUUAACUUAUUUGUAAGCAAAAUGUUGAGUAGCUUAUCAAAUCAAUGUUUGUUUUUUUUAAUUGUAGCUAAAUUUUCAAUAGGAUAUUUCAGCACUGAUAAGUGAUCUGGUUGGCAGCCAGGUUACAUUAUAUAUUGUGUUGUAACCUAUAUGCAGUACUUAGGGGUAGGCCCUUCCUGUAUAGAAAGAAAACGCUAGUAUGUAAUUAUAUAGGUUAGAUUAAUCUAGAAGAAUUAACUGAUUUAAUUCGUAAACACAAAAAAGGGGGAAAGCUAGGGUCUGUGUUAUUUGCUGUUCCUAUAGCUUCUGUGUUGGCUAACCACCAUAUUAGUUUCUAAGAGGCUGAGAAUCUUUUGUCUAGAUUCAGUGUUUUACUUCAUUUUGUAAAUUUUCUGUCGAAUCAUCUAUAUUUCUGUUGUUAGUUUUUAACAAGAGAAAGCGUUUCAGGCGCCAAAGCUGCUGCGUCAUUUUAUGGUACACGCGGUCGUAGGCCAUCUUGACUAGAAGAAGGACGAGGUUCAGGUAUUGGGUAACUUAGGAAUAAUUAAUAUAAUGUUGUUGUUUAGCGUUGGAGUGGUGGCAUUUUGCUUUUAUGGUAUGAAGUUUUGUUGUUCUAUUAUUUUAGGUAAUAAAUGCUGUAUUUCUGGUGUAGAGAACUAAAUUGAGCUGUUCUCUGAAAUGUCACUUUGUUGUUUUAAAAUGGCGACUGGUGACGGUGGAGCUUUUUGCGCGCGCAGUAAAGCAGAGCGGGGAAGCGCGCGCGUGACUCGCGCAUUGAGCCAAUCGUGUAGCACGAGCCCGCCCCGGUCAGUGUCCUCUCAGCUUGUGUAACCAAUCAACAGGGUGUGUGUGUGAACCAGGUUGACGUAACCAAAGCGCACUUUUAUAUACAGGCUACAUUCAGUAAACGGUCUCUAACACUAGGUGUUCACCCAGCGCCGUUUAGCUCUGAUGUUUCUGCCUUCACUGUCGGACUGUAUUAAAGAAGUGAGACAUAUUUGACCUUCCGCUGAGACGGACUCUUCUGACUUGCUUUUCUGAAACGUGUGCUGGUGCGGUGGAGGCGUGGCGUUCAGUGUGACUGACGGCCUAAUCGGCGUAUAGAACGAGUGUGGGCGUGGGUGGGCCUAGUUACAUUAGCCAAUGGAGUUGUCGGCUGGUCUAUAAAGAGUCGGGCGGAGCCUUUGCGUCGCCAUUUCACUGUAGCCGUGACCAGGAGAAUAGAGGAAGUCAAGGAAGUGAGGUCGGGAGGAUCGGCGGUUUGAGGUCUCCAAACAGAAUCCGGAUCCAUCCUCAUGGAGACGGCCAUAAGCCCGCCCCUUGACAGCUCUAUGGCCGGGAGCAAUAUGGGUGUUCAAGGAGUGACAAUGAUGGAGCUGCCUGUCGCUGGUGCUGGUAAACGCAUCCGCAAGCCAUCGCUGUUGUACGAGGGGUUCGAGGGUCCUGUACUCUCUCAAGCCCCUACCUCUGGGCCGCAUAAGCCUCCUACCCAGGAUCCCAGCAGGGAGGGUCGAGUGACCAACCAGCUGCAGUUCCUUCUGAAGUCUGUCACGAAGCUUCUCUGGAGGCACCAGUUUGCUUGGCCGUUCCACGAACCCGUGGAUGCUGUGAAGCUCAACCUGCCUGACUACCAUAAAAUUAUCAAGGAGCCAAUGGAUAUGGGAACCAUUAGGAAACGACUGGAAAACAACUACUAUCGCAGUGCUACUGAAUGUCUGCAAGACUUUAACACAAUGUUUACAAACUGUUACAUCUAUAACAAGCCGACAGAUGACAUAGUUAUGAUGGCUCAGUGUCUGGAAAAGGCGUUCCUGCAGAAGGUAGCACAGAUGCCUUCAGAGGAGGUGGAAUUACCUCGGCCUGUCCCACGGGGCAAGACUGGAAAGCCUAGCAAAGGCCGCAAAACCCCAAUUUCAGGAGGGUUAACAACAGCUCACCAGGUUCCAGCUGUAUCGUCAGUGUCACAGCCUGCUUACUCUCCCCAAACACCAGACACUCCCGACUUAUUUCUCUCUGCCCCACCACAAAUGUUGAUGGCCAAGAGUCUGCCUCCCACUGCCCACAGUGCCCCUACAUUGUUGGGUCUACCCCCAACUCAGCCUACAGCAAAGAAAAAGGGAGUCAAGCGAAAGGCUGACACCACCACCCCUACAACCACCGCCAUGUCCCUCAGCAUUGGUGUUGGGGGAAUGGGCUUAGGUAUGUGUAGUGGGGAAGAAUCCUUGCUCAACCACUCUGUCCUUGGGGUCAAUGCCAACAGAGCAAUAAGCCUGAGCAUGGGCUGUAAUGUAGGCCUGGUUGGAGGGAAAGCCCCUGCACGACGUGGAGGCAGUGGCCGGCCAAUCAAGCCACCUCGGAAAGACCUACCGGACUCUCAGGAUCAGCAAAUGCGACGGGUGAAGCUUAGUCAGCAGCUGCGCUACUGUAAUGAGAUUCUAAAAGAACUGCUGUCAAAGAAGCAUAUAACGUAUGCAUGGCCUUUCUACAAGCCGGUAGAUGCAUUAUCGCUGGGGAUUCUUGACUACCAUGAGAUUAUCAAAAAUCCAAUGGACCUCAGCACAAUAAAGAAAAAAAUGGAUAAGCGGGAGUACACAGAAGCAUUACAGUUUGCAGCAGACAUCAGAUUGAUGUUUUCCAACUGUUAUAAGUACAACCCUCCUGACCAUGAAGUGGUGGCUAUGGCCAGACGACUACAGGAUAUCUUUGAGUUCCAGUUUGCCAAAAUGCCAGAUGAGCCGCUGGAUUCUGCACCCCCUGCAUCCUUGGGUGAGGAACUAGGCAGCCGCUCCUCAUCAUCCUCCUCUUCUUCCUCAUCUUCAUCAUCAGAGAGUGAAGCGAGCAGUGAAAGUGAAAGUGAGGCCAGCUCAGACAGUGAGGAGGAACGAGCACACCGUUUGGCACAGCUUCAGGAGCAGCUGAGGGCAGUGCAUGAGCAGCUGGCUGCUCUCUCCUCUGACCCGAUCAUCAAGCCAAAGAAAAAGAAGGAGAAGAAAGACAAGAAGAAGAAAAAGAAGACCGAAAAGCACAAGCGAAGCAAGGCUGUGGUGACUGAGGAGGUGGUCAUCCGACCCCCCAAGGCCCCAAAAAUCACAACCAAAAAGCCAACAAAAAAUAAAAGUAACAGCAAGGCAGCUGCAUCGUCCACACAAAGCAAGAAGGCAACUAGCAAGAAGAGCAGCAAGAGCAAGAGCAAAUCCUCAAAGAAGUCUCAAGCACCUGUUGUCCCUCAAGCCCCAAUUUUUCCUCCCCAUUACGAUUCAGAAGAAGAGGAAGAGAACGGCCCCAUGAGCUACGAUGAAAAGCGGCAGCUGAGCCUAGACAUCAACAAGCUCCCUGGCGAGAAGCUUGGACGUGUUGUACACAUCAUUCAAUCACGCGAGCCCUCACUGCGUGACACCAACCCUGAGGAAAUUGAAAUAGACUUUGAAACCCUGAAGCCAUCUACGCUACGGGAACUAGAGCGCUACGUUAUGAUGUGUCUACGCAAGAAGCCUCGAAAGCCAUAUGUAGCAAAGAAGGAAGGCAUGGGCAAGUCCCGUGAGGAACUGGCGCUGGAGAAGAAAAGAGAGUUAGAAAAGAGACUACAGGACGUUAGUGGCCAGCUUAAUUCCGCUAAGAAGCCUCCCAAAACCAAAGUGGAAAAACCCAGUGUGGUAGAACCUAAUGCUCAGGCUUCUCGUCUCAGCGAAAGCAGUUCCAGCUCCGACUCCUCCUCAUCCUCGUCCUCUUCAUCAGACACUAGUGAUUCAGACUCUGGUUAAACAUCCAACUGAAGUGGGAAUAGACACAUGCACAUAUUCUCACAGAUGGUUAAGGGAGCCAUCACUCUGUACUGCACUAGAUGACACAAAUGACUUGGAAUAUGAACAGAAGAAAAAAUGGGCAAAAGACUAAAGAAAGCAAUGUUUUUGUAUGUAUGCAUUGGAUUAAGAUUUAAGGCAAAGCAGUGCUCUUGCUGUAGUUUGUGUGUGCGCGCGCGUGUGUGUGUGUGUGUGUGUGUGUGUGUGUUUGCGCUUGCGCGCAGGCACACAGUUUGUGUGUAUAAACACACAAAGCUAUAUAUAUUUUCUUUUACAAAGAAGAACUUAAAGAAUCCCCUAUUGGGGGCAAAAAACCUAUUCUUGUUUUUUUUUUAGUUUUCAUAUAAAAAGGUGAACGGGGGCUGUCUUGAGUUUUGUGUUUGGGUGUGUAUUAGCGUAUACUCCUGCUUUGAGUAUUUACAACUUCCUUCCCACACUUACAUUCUAGCCCACAUAAAAUAUUGGUGAUGUUUUGUAGCUUGACACUCUAGUUCUGUAUUUAAAUUAAUUAUUUAAUUGUAAAGAAAAUAUGCCUUUUCAAUACCAUUCUAAGUCUUACAUUUGGCAGAGUUCAACAAUGGCACUCUUAACCAUGGCCUUCCAUUGCCUGUAAAAUGCCAACAGUGCUAUGAUGUAGCUACAUGAGUCCUUUUGUUUUAUUACCAUCUUCAAACUGACUUUAUUCCUAGAAAUUCACUAUAUUAGAAUUACAGGUACAAAUGUAGGUUACCUUGACCAUAAAAAAAACAUAUUUUGUGGUGCAAAAGAAUUCACCGUAAGCCACACCAUAACUGAUUUUGUACAUAUGUUAAUGUCAUACAACUUUUGAGCAAGUAUACAGCUUGUUUACCCCUAGUUGUUUUGUUCGUUUGUGCGUGUUUUUUUUAUUUUAUUGUUUAAUGUUUCUUGUCUCCUUAUAUUUCCCCCCUUUAUCUUGUGACCUGUUGUUUUCUCAACUCAUUAUGGCUUUGAUUUGGUAGGUGAAGAAAAAGCCAAAUAAAAUGUAAAGCUGCAAGCAUCAUCUGAAUGGGUAACUUCACACACCUUAGAAAAUGUGCAUAAAUAAAAACAAGAGAUGUUCUAUAAAA